ACUUCUUCUCCCGUGCACGUCUCAACAAGGCGCUUAACAUCACGAGUGUGAGUGUAGUGAGUGUUGCAGACUGAGGAGGGACCAAAACUAACAGCCGGAGCAGGAUCAGAUGGCUUCAGAUGAACCGCCUUUGGGAUCAGGUGGAGGAGCUCACCUCGCUGAGCUGAGGCUGGUCCUCUUGGGGAGCCGCGGAGCCGGUAAGAGCUCUGCAGGAAGCACCAUCCUACGCCGAGAGGCUCCGGAGCCCGACGUGAUGACCACUGAGAGCAUGCAGGGGGAGGUGGCGGGGAGGCGGGUGGUCCUGGUGGACACGCCCGGAUGGCAGCCUCUGCUCCCCCUCAUCGACACGUCGGAACUCUACAAAUGGGAAAUUAAGCGUAGCGCCACCUGGUGUCCACCGGGACCCCACUGCCUGCUGCUGGUUGUACCGUUGAAACACACGCCGUUCACACGCAAUCACGAAACAGCAGUGCGGGAGCAUCUCGAGCUCUUUGGAGAGCGAGCGUGGAACCACGCUCUGGUGCUGUUCACGCAUGGUGAUCAUCUGGAGAACACAAACACCCCCAUUCAUGAGUUCAUUAAAACUGGCGGGAAAGCUCUGCAGCAUUUGGUUGAGAAAUGCGGGAGCAGGUAUCACGUUCUCAACAAUAUGAAAACUGGCGAUCACACGCAGGUGACAGAGCUGCUGGAGAAGGUUGAACAGAUGGUGAGGGAAGACCAUGGCCGCCAUUAUGAGCUGAGUUUGGAGACGAUUAAUGAAUUGGAGCUGAAGAGAAACACAGGAGAGGAGAGAAGGAGUAAGGUGCAGAGAAGGAGGGAGGACAUCCGUGCACAAAUUGUGAAACCCCCAAAACAGCUGAGGAUUUUGAUCAUGGGGUAUCAACAUUCUGGGAAGUCCUCAACAGGAAACACAAUUCUGGGACGUGAUGCAUUCAGAUUACACCGAACUGUCAGAUUUGCAAAAGAAAAUACUGUUGUAGCUGGGAGGGAGGUCACCAUCGUCGACACACCAGGCCGUUGGAGGAUCCACCCUUUGAGGUACACAUCGGAAAUCUUCAGGCAAGAGAUCGUGUUAGGCCCUUCCCAGUGCCCCCCAGGGCCUCAUGCCGUGCUAAUGGUGCUGCCGGUCAACACCUCCUUCACGGAGAACAACCGGAAAGCCCUGCAGCAGCACCUGGAGCUACUAGGUGAGAACGUCUGGAGUCACGUCCUGCUGCUGUUCACCUGCGGAGACUGGCUGGACCGCACGCCCGUUGAGCAGUUCAUCAAGAGUGAAGGAGAUUCCCUGCAGUGGCUGGUUGAGCGAUGUGGGAACAGGUAUCACGUUUUUAACAACAGGCAGAGGGGUGAAGAGAGGCAGGUGGUGGAACUGCUGGAGAAGAUUGAGGAGAUGGUGCAAGAGAACUGUGGCAGCCAUUUUGAGGUUGAUAAGAAGAGACUAAGUGAGGUAGAGGAGAAGAGGAAGACCUGUAUGGAGCUAGCAGAAAAGAGACGAACGAGAUGUUUAAUUUUUCACUUGGACAUGACUGGUCACACAGGGUCACUUGAUUCAGGAAUGCACUCUCUAGACCGCAGCUUUGAGUCCAUUAGACCAGAUCUUACGUUGUCAACAAACACCACUCCGGGUAUAAAAGGGUCUGCUGACAACACUCUCACGCACUGUGAGACGAGAUCAGCAGAAGUGUUGUGUGAGGUUGAUAAGAAAAGUCCAGAUGUGAAGACCUGUGUGGAGCAAAUAGAAAAGAGAAUGAGAGGGUCAUCUGAGUCACUUGAUACAGGAAUUGACUCUCUGCGUGGCAGCUUUCCUCAUGUGAGACCAGAUCUUCAGCUUGUGCUGCUGGGAUAUAGACGAGCUGGCCAGACGUCGUCAGCAAACACCAUUUUGGGUUCGGAAAAGUUUGGGUACAGCACUCUCACGCACUGUGAUACGAGAUCGGAAGAAGUGUUGGACCGUCGUGUCACUGUGGUCUGCACACCUGGCUGGGAAAAGACGGAGAGAUUAUACAACAGAACUCUGAUCCAGAGACAGCAGAUAGUGGACAGCGUGUCUCUGUGCUCGCCGUGCCCUGACGCCAUCCUCCUGGUGCUGCGUGUGUCCAUGUCCUUCUGUGCAGAGACUUUGAAGGCGCUGGCCGAACACGUGGAGCUGCUGGGUGGCGGCGUCUGGAAGCACACUCUGGUGCUCUUUACAUAUGGUGACCGGCUCGGAGACAACUCCGUGGAGCAGCACAUCGAGAGUGAGGGAGAGGCUCUGAAACAGCUGGUGGAGAGAUGCGGGAACAGAUAUCACAUUCUGGACAAUUACAACAAGGGAGCCUUACAGGUGACAGGUCUGCUGAAGAAGAUAGAGAAGAUGGUCAUGGCAAAUGGCCCCUUUGUCCCCUCUCACCAGCUCGGCCCUCACCACUCUUCCUUCUGUCCAAUGCCCCAAUUUAUGAAAUCUGAGGAAGGGUUGAGAGAGGAAAAACAGCUGGGGGAGCAAAUGGCACCCAUUGAAAAAAGCUGGAGUUGGAGGAAUCUGUUGAGUAAAACAUCACGCCGUGGAGCGUCAGUGAAACAACAGAGUCAGAUGACACAUCAGCGACCUCACAGCGCUCAUUCAGCUGUCAAUACAAGAAGAUGAUGUAUAUAAAUUCAUGCUUUUUAUGAUAUAUCAAAUAACAAUACUCAAUUACAGUUUUACUGAAAUUGAUUGGAAAACAACAUGGAAAAA